AUGGUAAUGUCUGCAAUCGUAAUUGAAAUCUUGUUUCUGAAACACCUAGACACCCUCUGUUUAUACCUAGAAAAAUCUCUUGUCCGAAAAACUACUGUCAGAGACUUAAGCAAAAGCUUUGACAAAUUUAUACCUGAAAAAUCUCUUGUCCGAAAAACUACUGUCAGAGACUUAAGCAAAAACUUUGACAAAUUUGCUGAGUAUCAUCUUGGUAAAGCCCAUUCUCAGCCGCCUGAAGCCGUAGACAUCUAUUGCCAAAAAGAGGAGGAGAAAAGUGCGGUGAAGAAAGCAAAGGAGAAGAGGAAGAAGCCCCACCAUAUGUACAGAGGGCUGAGGCAACGUCCCUCUGGUAAAUGGGCUGCAGAGAUUAGAGACCCCAUCAAGGGAAAUAUGGUUUGGACUCUAUGA